AUGUCUGCGAAAGCCGUUAGUGAGUUCUCCGGAAAAGAGGUACUCUACAAGUACUUCGAAUCGAGUGGUCUUCUUUUCUCUCCGCAUGCAUUUCACGUGAAAGCCGGAGAUAGCUUCGCUGAAAUUGCAAAUAAGUAUGACUGGCUUGUUCGUGACAACAAGGCGGUCAUCAAACCUGACCAGUUGAUAAAAAGACGAGGAAAGCUAGGAUUGGUCAACAUCGGAACACCGCAAGAACUAAAGGCUUGGUUCGAAAAAACUGCCAACACUUAUGUGAAAAUUGGACAAACAGAGGGACGCCUUCACACAUUCAUUGUUGAGCCGUUUUGCGCCCAUACGGAGAAAGAUGAGAUGUAUAUUGCAAUUUUCAGUGAAAGAUCGCGUGAUGUUAUCAUGUUUUAUGAGCAUGGAGGGGUUGAUAUUGGAGACGUCGAAGAAAAGGCUCGCAGUGUUUCCAUCUCCGUUCAGCUUGAUAACAAAGCAAUGGCAAUAUCGGAAGAAGAACUGACUCAUCUGUUAGGACCAGUCAAGGAUAACAAAGUCGUUAGAAAAUUCGUUUUGGAGCUCUACGGAGCCUACAAAGACCUUCAUUUCACUUACUUGGAAAUCAAUCCAUUUGUAGUUCUGAAUGAUAAAGUCCAUGUCCUAGAUCUUGCUGCGAAGCUGGACGAGACUGCCAAUUUUUUGUGUGCCGACAAAUGGGAGAGCAGAAUGACUCCAUAUGGAGGACCAAAUCAUGUCGAAUUUCCUGCACCAUUUGGACGUGAUCUUACUUCAGAAGAACAGUACAUUUCUGACAUGGAUGCUAAAACAGGAGCAUCAUUGAAGCUCACGAUUUUGAAUAGAAAAGGAAGAGUCUGGACUAUGGUCGCCGGAGGAGGAGCUUCUGUAGUGUUCACUGAUACUGUCUGCGAUCUUGGUGGUGCUACUGAGCUUGCCAACUACGGAGAAUACUCUGGAGACCCGUCAGAAUCUCAAACAUAUGAGUAUGCAAAAACCAUUCUCUCAGUUAUGACCGAGGGCGCGCCAAGACCAGAUGGCAAAGUCUUGAUCAUCGGAGGAUCUAUUGCGAAUUUCACAAAUGUUGCUAAAACAUUCGGAGGUAUUGUCAGAGCUUUCGAGAGUUUUGUGUCGAAGCUCAAAGAACACAAAGUCACGAUUUUUGUGCGCCGUGGAGGACCAAACUACCAGGAAGGCCUGAGAAAAAUCAAAGAUGCUGCCACAAAAUUGGAGCUGCCAAUCCACGUUUUUGGACCGGAAACUCACAUGACAGCAAUAGUUGGAGCAGCACUCGGAGUCAAGCCGAUGCCAACAAUCCCAACUGCUCCUCAAACUACCGCACAUUUUUUGUUAAGCCCUGAAAGAAACACUGGAGGAACUGAACCAGCUCCACCUUCUCCUGCUCCAGCUCCUUCUUCUAUUGCACACUCUACGAUUACUGCUCAACAAAGUAAACUAAACAGUUUCCGUGGUCUGUUUGAAACUGAUACCAAAGCAAUUAUCUGGGGCCAACAAGUCAAGGCGAUACAGGGAAUGCUGGAUUUUGACUUUGUAUGCAGAAGGGAUUCUCCAUCUGUCGUUGCUUCUACCUACCCAUUCACCGGAGACAACAAGCAAAAGUUCUACUUUGGACAGAAAGAAAUUCUUAUCCCAGCUUAUAAAUCAAUGGCAAAGGCUUUUGCAACGCAUCCAGAAGCAUCUAUUAUGAUCACGUUUGCUUCAAUGAGAUCUGUAUUUGAAACUGUUUUGGAGGCUCUCGAAUUCCCGCAAAUCAAAGUCAUUGCAAUUAUUGCAGAAGGAGUACCAGAGAAUCAAACAAGAAAACUAUUAAAGAUUGCACAUGAUCGCGGAGUAACUCUUAUCGGACCAGCUACUGUCGGAGGUAUCAAACCAGGAGCAUUCAAAAUUGGAAACACUGGUGGCAUGAUGGAUAACAUCCUUGCUUCGAAGCUUUAUCGCCCUGGAAGUGUCGCCUAUGUCUCUCGUUCUGGAGGAAUGUCUAAUGAGCUCAACAAUAUUAUCUCCCAGAAUACGGAUGGUGUGUAUGAAGGAAUCGCUAUUGGUGGAGACCGCUAUCCAGGAAGCACCUACACUGAUCACAUCAUUCGAUACCAAAAUGACAAUCGCGUUAAGAUGAUUGUCCUUCUUGGGGAAGUUGGUGGUGUUGAAGAAUACAAAAUUGUUGAGAUUCUAAAACAGAAGAAGGUGACCAAACCUCUAGUUGCUUGGUGCAUCGGUACUUGUGCCGAUCAUAUCACUUCUGAAGUUCAAUUCGGCCAUGCAGGCGCAUCCGCAAAUGCUCUUGGCGAAACAGCGACAUGCAAAAACGCUGCUCUUCGGGCAUCAGGAGCACUGGUUCCUCCAUCCUUUGACGAUCUCGGCAAAACAAUUCGUCAGGUGUAUGACAAUUUAGUUGAUCAGAAAGUCAUUGUCCCUCAACCGGAAAUUCCGCCUCCUGCGGUUCCCAUGGAUUAUGCAUGGGCUCGCGAAUUGGGGCUUAUCAGGAAACCAGCAUCUUUCAUGACAUCCAUUUGUGAUGAAAGAGGAGAAGAAUUGAACUACGCCGGUGUUCCAAUCACUAAAGUUUUGGAAUCGGAAAUGGGAAUCGGAGGAGUCUUGGGAUUAUUAUGGUUCCAGAAACGUCUUCCACCACAUGCCAACAGAUUCAUCGAGAUUUGUUUGAUGUUGACGGCCGAUCAUGGACCUGCUGUUUCCGGAGCUCACAACACAAUAGUUUGUGCGCGUGCAGGCAAAGAUUUGAUCUCUUCACUUACAUCUGGUCUGCUCACUAUUGGAGAUAGAUUUGGAGGAGCUCUCGAUGGAGCUGCUCGUCAAUUUUCAGAGGCGUUUGAUCAAGGAUGGUCUGCCAAUCAGUUUGUCAGUGAAAUGAGAAAGAAAGGAAAACACAUUAUGGGAAUUGGACAUCGUGUAAAGAGUAUUAACAACCCCGACAAACGAGUUGAAAUUCUCAAAAAGUUUGCGAUGGACAAAAAUGAGUUCGCCCAAGAGACUCCACUAUUUGAAUAUGCUCUCGAAGUCGAAAAGAUCACAACUGCGAAGAAGCCAAACUUAAUUUUGAAUGUUGAUGGUGCAAUUGCAAUUUUGUUCGUAGAUAUUCUCCGUCACAGUGGAAUGUUCACCAAAGCGGAAGCCGAAGAGACCAUCGAAGUGGGAUCGUUGAACGGGCUUUUCGUUUUGGGAAGAUCCAUUGGCUUCAUCGGUCAUUAUCUCGAUCAGUCUCGUCUGAAACAAGGUCUCUACCGCCAUCCAUGGGAUGAUAUUUCCUACAUCAUGCCAGAAAGUAACUUGGUGAGCUACUGA